UUUGUUGAGAUUAGGGUGAGAGUUUGAGGUAAGAUAUUUCACCUAUGGCCGGAGAAGAAUUGGUGGAGCUCAAAUUCAGGCUUACUGAUGGAACUGACAUUGGUCCAAGCAAGUACAGUCCAACUACAACUGUGGCAUCUCUCAAAGAGAAAAUACUUGCUCAGUGGCCUCAAGACAAAGAAAAUUGCCCAAACACAAUACAAGAUGUGAAGCUAAUUAAUGGUGGAAAAAUACUCGAAAACAACAGUACAGUUGCUGACUGCAGUCUCCUGGUUGGUGAACUUCCGGGCGGUGUAAUCACGAUGCAUGUCGUUCUUCGCCUUCCUUUGUCAAACAAAAGCAACGAGAAACAAGAGGAUGAUUCUCCAAAGAAAAGCAGCUGUUUAUGCACAAUCUUGUAGCUGCCUAAUGAGAUUGCUGAUGCCACUUCCUGUUAAAUUUGUUGUUGAAAUUGCCAAUUUUUCAACAUUGCGAUGUUUCAGGAUUCCAAUUCUGGUGGCAGCAGAAAUAAUUAAAAAGACAAAAAAGGGGGGGCAUGUGAAGUUGGGGAUGAUUAAUAAUAAAAAAAGAGUUGGGGACGAGAAAAGAAAGCACAAGGCAAACCCAGGUAAGGCAAUAAAGGGUAGAUAGAGAGAGAGGUAUGGUGCAAAAGAAUGAAACA